AAGGCAGUAUUAUAAGCAAGCCGGAGCCCUCGAGGUUCGUUUUCAUCGCGCCAUCGGACGCGCGGUGUCGCGUGUGAAAUAUCGAUCGAAUUUUAUUAUCGACAUUGUGAUAGUGACUGUGAAGUGAUUCAAGAUGUCCGGAUCUUUGCUAGUCAUAGCACCUCUGGUGCUCUUUGCGUGCCUAAAAGUUGGAGUAGACGCUCAACGCUACUACAAUUACUCCCCUCGCGGCUACUAUGGCCGAAACUUGGGCUCUCUUUACGAACAUGGACGCUCCAUCUCCGACAACCAGGUGUCUUGCGGGGCUCAUACGUGUGGCGUUGGAGCUCACUGCACUCAAGGCAGUGUGAGGCCAGUGUGCGCGUGUCUGCCAGGACAUUCUGGAGACCCACUGUCGCAGUGCAUAAGGAUCGAAUGCGUUGAUAACAGUGAAUGCCGAAGCCACCAGACUUGCGUGAACCAGCACUGCGUAAACCCUUGCGAAGGCACCUGUGGCAUCAAUGCCAAUUGUGACGUCCGGAACCACGUUCCGGUGUGUAGUUGCCCUGCGGGAUACACCGGCAAUCCCUUCUCAUCUUGCAGAGUUGCCGACCCAGAAGAAGCUUGCCAUCCGUCACCGUGCGGACCCAACACGAAAUGCCACGUCGCCAACAACCAAGCUAUCUGUACUUGCCUGCCUGGAUACAGGGGAAGCCCUCUAUCCGGCUGCCGACACGAGUGCGAGUCAGACCACGAGUGCGGCUCGCAGCAAUCGUGCCGCGACUUCAAGUGCGCCAGCCCCUGCAGUGACUGCGGCGUCAACGCUGAUUGCGAGACUGUGGCGGCGCAUCGCGCUGUUUGCAAGUGCCCGAGAGGCUACCACGGUGAUCCCUACCGCAUCUGCUCCCCCGAGUGCACGUCUGACGGCGAGUGCCCCAGCUACAAGCCCGCCUGCGUGUACAAUGCCUGCAUCAACCCCUGCACGAACGUCUGUGGUGUGAACGCUGACUGCAACCUCCGCGGCCUGACCCCGGUGUGCUCCUGCCCUAGGAACAUGACUGGAGACCCCUUCACCUACUGCAGGCCUUUCGAAGCCCGUGACCUCUGCGAGCCCAACCCUUGCGGUACCAACGCCAAGUGCACCCCCGGCCACGACAGAACCGGCGCCGAGCGUCCCGUCUGCACCUGCCCCUCUGGAUACAUCGGCAAUGCCCUCGUAAAUUGUGAACGAGGUGAAUGCGAGCUGGACUCCCAGUGCCCCGACCACCUGGCGUGCGUUGGCUUCCAGUGCGUGGACCCCUGCCUCGGCAACACCCAGUGCGGUUCCGGAGCUGUGUGCAUGGGCAGGAGACAUCUUGCCGUCUGCACGUGCCCUCAAGGUCGCAACGGCGAUGCAUUGGUGAACUGCUACGAAAGUCAGUCCGUGGCUGCCUCCACUCGUUACUACCGGUACAAGCGCAAUGGCAAUGGCGACCCCGAACCUGCUGCCGUCUCCGAAGCUAACGUGGAAGCUGAGGCACAAGCAACCGAAGUGAAGAGCGAAGCAAAGGUUGAUGCGGCCGAAUUAACCACUGAUACUAAAGCUUCGUCAUAAACAGAUGUGGAAAUUAUAAAUUAAGUCUAAAAUGCUGCCAAUAGUAAAUGGUUUAUAAAGAAGCGAUUGUUUUAUACAAUAUACACAAAGUAUUAUCUAUCGAUAUAAAAAAAACCUAGAUGUUUUUUUUAAACAUAAUAAAUGAGCACAGUUUAAAUCUAGAUAGAUGUUUGUUUUGUAGAUAUGUAAUUGAACUAAUAUAUUACUGACAGUGUGAAAUCCACGUCUACUGUUGACAUAGUAUAGUAAGAAAUAAGUUUUAAUAAAUGGGGACAUUUUUUAUUUUGAAUAAAAAUUACUGAACCUAACCUA